AUGGAGGCUGAGGAGCCACUUGAGGCCAGGGCAUGCUGCCCCGACGUCCUGGGGAAAGCCAGGAGAUGCUGCCCUGAGGCCCUGGGCAAGCUUCUGCCUGGCUUCUGUUUCCUCUGCUGCCUGGUAACCUAUGCACUGGUGGGUGCUGCUCUAUUCUCUGCAGUAGAGGGCCGCCCUGAUCCAGAGGCUGAGGAGAAUCCUGAGUUGAAGAAGUUCCUGGACAAGCUGUGUAGCAUCCUGAAAUGUAAUAGAACAGUGGUGGAAGGCAACAGGAAGGACCUGUGUGAGCAUCUGCAGCAGAUGAAGCCCCAGUGGUUCAAGGCACCUGAGGACUGGUCCUUCCUGAGUGCUCUCUUUUUCUGCUGUACAGUGUUCAGCACAGUGGGUUAUGGCCACAUGUACCCUGUCACCAGGCUUGGCAAGUUCCUGUGCAUGCUCUAUGCUCUCUUUGGAAUCCCUUUGAUGUUCCUGGUCCUCACAGACAUAGGGGACAUUCUAGCCACCAUCUUAUCCAGGGCUUACAAUCGGUUCCAGGCUCUCCUUUGCCUCCCCCAUGCUCCCUCCAAGUGGUGCUCCAGCUUGCUCUGCAGGAGGCAGCCUGAUAGCAAACCUGUGGCUGAAACCAUCCCUCAGAUUGUCAUCAGUGCUGGGGUGGAUGAGUUCCUAGACCCCCAGCCAUACCGGGAGCCUGCGUCUCCAAGCUGCAAUGUGGAGCUGUUUGAGAGAUUAGUUGCACAAGAGAAACAGGACAAGCUACAACCACCCAUGAUGCGUCCUGUAGAGAGAAGCAGCUCAUGUCCCGAGCUGGUGCUGGGACGGCUGUCCUGUUCUAUCCUUAGCAAUCUGGAUGAAGUGGGCCAGCAGGUGGAGAGGCUGGACAUCCCUCUCCCUGUCAUUGCCCUGGUCAUCUUCGCCUACAUCUCCUGUGCAGCUGCUGUCCUCCCGUUCUGGGAGACGGAGCUGGGCUUCGAGGAUGCCUUCUACUUCUGCUUCGUCACACUGACCACCAUUGGGUUCGGGGACAUCACCCUAGAUCACCCCCACUUCUUCCUCUUCUUCUCCAUUUAUAUCAUUGUCGGCAUGGAGAUCGUGUUCAUCGCCUUCAAACUGAUGCAGAACAGGUUUCUGCAUACCUACAAAACCCUCAUGCUGUUUUUUUGCAAAAGGGAAGUUUCACUACCUUGCUAAAAAGUGCGGACUCUGGCAGCUUGGGGGUGACAGACACAGGUCCUGCAGGUCCCCUCACCUUGUUUUUGGUACACGAGGAUUAGAACCAUGAUAACUCGCCAUCUGAGCUCCCGAGGCUUGGAAAACAGUCUGUGUGAGGACUGAGUUCAGCGUUGAGAUCCUUCAGAAGCUGAGCCACACUGGUACAUAGGACAAGAGUGAAGGUCAUCUCCAAUGUUUCCAGUGCAAUCAGUGUCCCUGUCUGCACUUUAGAAAGGUGCCAUUUUAAGAAUAUGAAAAAACCUGAUGAUGUCACUGCUUUCUUGUGACAGGAGGGAAAAAAUUAGACCUUUGUUCUUGGCGUUUGUACUUUGAGGGAAGUUAAAAUCUUCCCAAUUGGCCUCAGCCUCCCCUGAACAGCCAAAGUGUAUCCGAGUAACCUGCUUCGCUGAAUGACUGCAUGGAUGCUGGACACCUGCCCAGCAUGGUGGAGUUAUCAUCUGGGAGAAGUCUUCCUGGCCAGAUUCUAGUAAAACACCUGUCUCACACUCAGCUCAUGGAUGAUGCCACUUGAGUGAACUAGCUGGUGAUGAUGUUGUCACCUGCAGGGAUGGAUUAGUUCCCAGUGGGUGGAGAAACUCUAGAGCUGCCCCCGAGUGGUUGACAUGGAGUAGGUGCCCCACCCACAUGUCCCUUUGGAAUCUGUCUUUGGCCAGCAAGGUGUGAGCAUGUGCUAGGUCAGCUAGAGAUGCCAAAGAGGGAGCAGCCUUAAUCCAUGGACGAAGGGGUGGACAGCUGGCACCAGGCUGCCUUGCCCUUCCCAUGUGAGAGCUCUGGGCUGUGCUGGACAGCCACUUUUCCCAGGGGGCCUCGGGUGAUCAUGAGCACACUCUGAAAUGGCCCCCUGGUCUCCUUUUCUCGUCAUCCACCUCUCCAUCAGGCUCUGUGGGGUCUCCCUCCUGUAGAACAUACCCCGACUCACAUCUGUCUCCAGCCUCUGAGGACCAAGAAGAGGACAAUGACAGGUGACCCAGGGACUGGCUGGUAAGGUUAGGGGAGGCACAAGUCCCAGUUUCUCUAUUUGAAGGUUAUUGGAAAUGCCUUCUGACUGCAUCUGCAAGUCCUGCGAUUAGCCCCCGGGUAAGUGGUGGCUGGUGGUACAGGGCGGAACCCAGGACCUGGGCUUGAAGGGCUCACGGUCGUGUCUGAGAUUCCAGCCACUUCUCAGGAGCGUUGGGGUCUCUGGAGCUUUCCCCACUUCCCCCACAAAGUUAAAUCCUUAACUCCUCCAGUCCUUGAAGAUCUACCUCAGGCCACAGAAUCGACAAGUGUAAGCAGGAACCAGUGAGAACACAGGAAACACCAGGGUGAACGAUCAGGCCAGUGCUCGGGUUUUGUGGUCUGACAUGCCCCAAGCUUUGUUAGUACAGGCGAGGUGUGGCAAAGCCCCUCAAAUCCAAGUUCACUGAAGACUGCCCCCUCCAAGGGGCAGGUGAUGGGAAUGGAGGGUGCCUAGAAGUUCUACAGAUAUCCCCGGAACAUUGGCUAUUUACCGGGAGAAGGACAUGUGAGCAUGAACCAAGUGACUCCUCAGAACAGAGGUAACUUCAUGACAGGUGGCAUGAACUCCUCAGUGACCCACAGCUCUCUUUUUCUUUUUCUUUUUUAAAAAAAUCUAUCAUCUAUGUCUGUCUGUCUGUCUAGUCCUUGUGUGUGCAUGUGCACAUGUGCCAAGGUGUGUGCAGAGGCAGGUAGCAGAGAACAGUCUGUAGAGUUGGUUCUCUCCUUCUACCAUGUGUGUUUUGGGGAUCGAGCUCAGAUCGUCAAGCUUGGUGGUCAUCACUUUGACCCACUGAGCCGUCUCAUCAACCCUCCUUUACUUUUGAGAUAGGGUCUCAUCAAAUCCAUGCUGGCUUUGGAUUUGGCACACAGUCAAGGAUGACCUUGAACUUCUGGUCUUUCUGCCUCUACCUGGGAUUACGGGACUCAGUCUGCCACUAUACCUAGUUUAUUCAGUGCUGAGGACUAAACCCAGGGCUUAGUGCAUGG